AUAUCUCUGUUAGGAUAAUAUAUAGUAUAAUAUGUCUAUAAACACAUAAUCUUUUAGCGUUGUUGUAUGAUUAAUAAUUAAACAAACCUUUAUGUGUUAAACUGUAAUAAUUUUCUAAAUUAUGCUCACUUACACUCACUCACUGAAUUCUUAAUGUAAAAGCCUGAGUGAACUAUGUGAUGUUUUAAUUUUUAACCAGGCAGGUGUGUGUUGGACAGUCUCUCUGACAACCACAGACCGCUCCAGUCGCAUAUGCGACAACAGCACACAUUUGUAAGUGUUUAAAAUCAUGUAUUUGGAUUGUGAAUUUAAUUCAUUUCAAGUAGAAAGACAUUAGAUGGUACCGUUCUGACAUACUUUGCGUUGUGGCUUUUGUUUCUUGCCUGUGGAACCAACUAGAAUCCUUGUGUAAGUGGAUAAAAUGCCAAACAGGGCACAAGAGGAUGCGGUGAUCAAUAUGAAAUCUGUGCAGGAGAUUGCUAAGCAGUUAGGGUUUGAGUGGACCGUUCUAGCAUUUGAACUGGGAUUCACCAGAAAUGAGGUCAGACAGUUUCAUGCCACCUCCAAAGAAAAGAGGGUUCAGGCUCAGAGAAUGCUGGAAUCAUGGUAUGAGCGUUCCUGGGACAAACCGAACAAAACCAAGCUUCUGCAGGACGGUCUUGAGCGGGCGGGCCGUCGUGAUCUGGCUGAGAGGCUGCGCUGCCUGCACUGGGGUCACCAGAAGCUCAGCCGCAGAGUCGAGCUGCCCUCUGCCUUCCCCUUCAUCAUUACCGUCCACAAGACCAUAGACAACAAGGACGCCUUGAGCAGGAUUAAUGUGCUUAAUCGCAGUUACAACUAAGAAAAAUGAUGUGAGCUAAAAGUCUGAUAGUGAAAAUGCUUUUCUAUACUUAGAGUUUCAUUAUUUUUCAUUACAACCUAAUUGACUGUAUGCUUGUAGUUUAGUUAAAAUCAUAAAAAUAUAGUUUUCAUAUUAGCUAAGUGCAUUUCAUAUUAAUUUUAAUUAGAAUACAUUUUCAUUUCAUUGUAAUUAACAUGUUAAUUAAGUGUCUGAAAACAGUUCACACUGUUCACAAGUAUAAAUUAUGUCCAUUAUCAUGUUAAUUUUAUCCAGCAUGAUUUGAGAAUUAUCCAAAUUUUCAAUGUGGCCUCAGAUUUUUAGACCCCAUUGUACAUAGAAGAAUAUUCAAUAGUUUUAUAUAUUCAAUACUUUUUUACACACCUCAUGAAACCUUUCUUCUUGUUACUACAUGUUUUGUUGUUUCGAUAAUAAAAAGGUCAUAACUGUG